CCGCUGGAAACGUCUUCUUCAAUGUCUUCUUCCACAACUACUACCAUGCCAACAACAUCCAAGACAUUGUCUACGACAAACGUGACUACUUCACCAAUAGGUACAGCGUUCUUGGUCACUAUGUCCACUACUGCACAAACAUCCAACACAAUGGCAACACCAACAACAGCGACAGCAAACCAAUCGGAAACAUCCACGCCUCCAUCUGGUGAAGAGUCCCCUGAUAACAGGUUCCCGUUACUGUACGUAAUUGUCGUGGGUGUGGUGGUUGCUGGUGUCGUCACUGUUGCAGUUGUUGCUAUUGUGUGUGUGAGGAGACGGAAAGGGAAAAGGCCCCAAGACAAGAACGCUGAAGAAGCAGCUGUGCCAUCUUAUGAAGAGUGCAUAGCGGAACCCAUCGAUCAUACUCGGUACCAGAACAUACAAAGCCACAGAACACCUAGAGGAUGGUCAGAUCAAGGAUCCAUUUAUGUUAACACGACAACAACUACCAGUCUUGCGAACAUUUAUGAAAACGAAUGCACCUAUGUCAACAACGAAUACGUUAAUGAUCAGAAUGUGUCAACAGGAACAUCAUGCUAUGUCAACGUUGGUUCUAAUAAUCAAGACAGCGGUGAAGCGGGAGAAUCAAACAUGUAUGUUAAUACUAAUGAUUUUAGUCUGUACAAAAAUACCCCAAAUAUCCUCACUUAAGAUUGGUGCCUACUGUCGUUCAGGUGAAACAUAACUCGCAUGGAGCUAUUAACGUUGCAGUAUCGUCCGUGAAGACCAUCAUAUUCUAGUACUUUGCCCA